CUUUCAUUCUCUUCCCAAUUUCAUUCUCAUUUCCCAUCUCUCUCUCUCUCUCUCUCUCUCUCUCUCUCUCGUUCUCUGUUUCGAUCGAUCUCGAUCUCGGGUUGAAAUGAAGACUGUGAACUUCGCCGUGGACAAAGAUCUCGCCCGGGAGUUCCUCCAAAACUUCGCGGAUGCUCAUGGCGAGCCUAAGUACCUCAACAUCCUUCAAGAUGUGGCCAAUCGCAAGUACCGGGCUAUCCAGAUCGAGCUUGAUGAUCUGUUUAAUUACAAGGAUUUGGAUGAGGAGUUCUUGCAGCGGAUUACUGAGAACACGCGGAGGUACAUUAAUAUCUUCGCUGAGGCGGUUGAUGAGUUGAUGCCAGAGCCCACUGAAGUGUUUAGUGUGGAUGAUGAUCAUGAUAUCCUGAUGACACAGCGAGCGGAGGAGAGGACAGAGGGAACGGAUAGCAAUGAUCCUCACCAGGGAAUGCCUUCUGAGAUCAAGAGAUUCUUUGAGGUCUACAUUAAGGCUUUCUCAAAAGGAACACCACUCACUUUGAGACAGGUUAAAGCAUCCAAUAUUGGUCAGCUUGUGAAGGUUUCGGGCAUAGUAACACGAUGCUCGGAUGUCAAACCCUUGAUGCAGGUUGCUGUUUAUACAUGUGAAGAAUGUGGCUUUGAAAUUUACCAGGAAGUGACUGCUCGGGUUUUUAUGCCUCUAUUGGCGUGUCCUUCAGUGCGUUGCCAGACAAAUAAAGCAAAAGGGAACAUUAUCCUCCAACUAAGAGCUUCAAAGUUUUUGAAAUUUCAAGAGGCCAAGAUACAAGAGUUAGCAGAGCAUGUUCCUAAAGGUCACAUUCCUCGUUCAAUGGCUAUCCAUCUUCGGGGAGAACUCACCAGGAAGGUUGCUCCAGGUGAUAUUGUUGAAAUCUCUGGGAUUUUUCUUCCUAUUCCUUACACGGGAUUUAGAGCACUGCGUGCAGGGUUGGUUGCAGACACCUUUUUGGAGGCCAUGUCCAUUACCCACUUCAAGAAAAAAUAUGAAGAAUAUGAGCUUAAAACUGAUGAGCAAGAAGAAAUUACAAGAUUAGCUGAAGAUGGUGACAUUUACAAUAAGUUGGCGAGGUCAUUAGCACCUGAAAUUUUUGGCCAUGAAGAUGUUAAGAAAGCUCUUCUACUACUACUGGUUGGUGCUCCUCAUCGGAAACUCUCAGAUGGAAUGAAGAUCAGGGGGGACUUGCAUAUUUGUUUGAUGGGAGAUCCUGGGGUUGCAAAAAGUCAGCUUCUUAAACACAUAAUCAAUGUUGCACCAAGGGGAGUAUAUACCACUGGGAAGGGAAGCAGUGGGGUUGGUCUAACUGCAGCUGUUCAGAGAGAUCCUGUAACAAAUGAAAUGGUUCUUGAAGGUGGAGCGCUGGUGUUGGCAGAUAUGGGUAUAUGUGCAAUUGAUGAGUUUGACAAGAUGGAUGAAUCAGAUAGAACUUCAAUUCAUGAAGUGAUGGAGCAGCAAACUGUCAGCAUCGCAAAGGCUGGAAUAACAACUUCUCUCAAUGCAAGAACUGCUAUACUUGCUGCUGCGAAUCCUGCUUGGGGAAGAUAUGAUCUUCGAAGGACACCAGCUGAGAACAUUAAUCUUCCUCCAGCUCUUCUAUCUCGAUUUGAUCUGUUAUGGCUUAUUCUGGAUCGUGCAGACAUGGAUAGUGACCUUGAAAUGGCAAGACAUGUUGUACAUGUGCACCAACAUCUUGAGUCUCCUUCCCUUGGUUUCCAAACACUUGAGGCAUCUGUUCUUCGUGCAUAUAUUUCCACUGCACGAAGAAUAAGUCCCUCUGUACCAAGGGAACUUGAAGAGUAUAUUUCCACCGCAUACUCAAGCAUUCGCCAAGAUGAAGCCAAAUCAAGUGCACCACACUCUUAUACAACUGUCAGAACUCUUCUUAGCAUUCUUCGGAUCUCUAUAGCAUUAGCAAGGCUCCGGUUUUCAGAAACAGUUCAUCAGAGUGAUGUUGAUGAGGCCCUACGCCUAAUGCAGAUGUCAAAGUUCUCAUUGUACUCGGAUGAUCGCCAGAGAUCUGGUUUAGAUGCCAUCUCUGAUAUAUAUUCAAUUUUGCGAGAUGAAGCAGCAAGAACAAACAGAUUGGAUAUCAGCUAUGCACAUGCUCUCAACUGGAUCUCCAGAAAGGGCUAUAGUGAAGCUCAGCUGAAGGAGUGCUUAGAAGAAUAUGCCGCGCUGAAUGUUUGGCAGAUUCAUCCCAACACUUUCGACAUCCGUUUUAUCGAUGCAUAAACUCCAACCUGAAUUGGUAACUGAAUUUUUCUGUUCAUCUAAACUUCCUCAUGCAAGCAAUUCUGUUCUCUGAUGCAUUAAAAAUGUAAUUAGGCGAAUGAAGUCAUUCCAUAUUCCCAGUCUAAUGUACUGACCUUUUCCUUAGUUUCUAGCUUGAGCACCCACCAAAACCUCGAACUAAUCGGCAUCCUCAUCGCACAAUUUACCAUAUUAACAGUAUGCUUGAAAUAUUACUCUCCAUGUUCUUGAACAAUUCCAAUGUAACUUUUUAGGUUGUAAUGUUCUAAGAUUGGUUGAAUUAUUUCAUCUAUCAGAUGUCAUAAACUUUAUCUAUUUGAUAUGAUCUUUUAGACAAUGUCGAGAUUUUUUCUUCGCCUUCGUU